UUUUUAAUACUAUUGUUCUUUACUCACAUUCCAUCAUGUCUGUUGUUGGUAUUGAUCUUGGUAAUCUUCAGGCUGUAAUUGCCGUUGCUCGUAAUCGUGGUAUUGAUGUUAUCUGUAACGAAGUUUCUAACCGUGCCACUCCUAACAUCGUUUCUUUUGGUCCUAAGCAAAGAUACCUUGGUGAAGCCGCUAAGACUCAAGAAAUUAGUAACGCCAAGAAUACUAUUGUCAGUUUAAAGCGUCUUGCUGGUCGUACCUUUAAUGAUCCUGAAGUUCAAGAAAUUGAAAAGAACUUUAUUAUGGCCGAACUUGCUGAUGCUAACGGUCAAGCUGGUGUUAAGGUCAACUAUCUUGGUGAAGAAACUGUUUUCUCUAACGUUCAACUCAUUGCCAUGUACCUCAACAAACUUAAGGAUAUUACCGCUGUUGAAAUUAAGGGCCCCGUUUCUGAUUGUGUUAUCUCCGUUCCUGGUUGGUUCACUGAAGUUCAACGACGUGCUGUUCUUACUGCUGCCGAAAUGGUCGGUUUGAACUGUUUGCGUUUAGUCAAUGAUUUGACUGCUGCUGCUCUUGGUUACGGUAUCACCAAGACAGAUCUCCCUGAAGAAAAGUCUAGAAAUGUUGCCUUUGUCGAUAUCGGUCAUUCUUCUUACUCUUGUCAAAUCGUCUCCUUUAUCAAGGGUCAAUUGACUGUCCGUGGUGCCGCUUAUGAUGAACACUUUGGUGGUCGUGAUUUCGAUAAUGUCAUUGUUGAAAAGCUUGCUGAACAAUUCAAGGAGAAAUAUAAGAUUGAUGUUUACACUAACAAGAAGGCCCUCUUGCGUCUUCGUGUUGCUGCUGAACGUUGCAAGAAGAUCCUUUCUGCUAACCCUCAAGCCCCUGUUAACAUUGAAUCUAUCAUGGAAGAUCGUGAUGUCUCUACCUUGGUUAACCGUGAAGAAUUUGAACAAUGGGCCUCUCACUUAUUUACUCGUACUGAAGCUACCUUGGCUAAGGCUCUCGAAAAUGCUGGUUUGAAGACCGAUGAAAUUGACUACGUUGAAAUGGUAGGUGGUUCUACUCGUAUCCCUGCUAUCAAGGCUACUAUCUCCAAGUUCUUUGGUAAGGAUAUCUCUACUACUCUUAAUCAAGAUGAAGCCGUUGCUCGUGGUGCUGCUCUUCAAUGUGCCAUGUUGUCUCCCGUUUUCAAGGUUCGUGAUUUCCGCGUUCACGAUAUCUGUUCUUACCCUAUCAAGCUUACUUGGGAUGCCACCCCUGAGGAAGAAGAGACUGAAAUCGUUGCCUUUGAUAAUAACAACUCUAUUCCUUCUACCAAGAUCUUGACUUUCUACCGUCGUGAACCUUUCAAUUUGCAAGCUGUUUAUGCUAACCCUGAAGGUUUACCUCGUGGUAUUAACCCUUGGAUUGGUCAAUACACUAUCAAGGAUGUUGAACCUCUUAACGGUGAACCUGCUCAAAUCAAGGUCAAGGUUAGACUCAAUAUUCACGGUAUCUUCUCUGUUGAAUCUGCUUAUACCGUCGAAGAAAAGAUGGUAGAUGAAGAGACCAAGAAUAAGGAUGGUGAAAAGGAAAUCAAGAAGGUUAAGAAGCUUGUCAAGACCGGUGAUCUCCCUAUUGUCUCAGGUAAUACUUCUCUUCCUAAGGAUCUUAUCAAUCAAUAUACUGAAAAGGAAAGCCAAAUGUAUGCCAAUGACAAGCUCAUUGCUGCUACUGAAGCUGCCAAGAACUCUCUUGAAGAAUAUGGUUAUGAGAUGCGUGACAAGAUUCUCGGUGUUUAUUCUGAAUAUAUUGAUCCCAGUAUUAAGGAUAAAUUUGCUGAAGAUCUUAAUGCUGUUGUUGACUGGAUCUAUGAUGAAGGUUAUGAUGAAACCAAAUCUGUCUAUGUUGAAAAACUUGAAGCUCUCAAGAAGAUUGGUAACCCUGUUGUUGAACGUUAUCGUGAAGCUGAAGAACGUCCUCAUGCUGAACGUGCUCUUCGUGAAACAAUGGCACGUUUGACCAAGGAAGCCUUGAGUACAGAUGAGAAAUAUGCUCAUAUUCCUGCUCAUGAGAAACAAGAUAUUGUCGAACGUUGUGAACGUGCCGGCAGAUGGAUGGAUGAACAAAAUGCUAAGCAAGCAAAGAUGGCUAAACAUGAAACCCCUGUUUUGUUCAGCCGUGAUAUCAAGAAGGAAGAAGAAGCUAUCAUUUACUUUGCUAACCCUAUCUUGAACAAGCCUAAGCCUGCUCCUAAGGUUGAAGAGCCUGCUUCUACUACUACUAAUCCUCCCGCUGCUGAUGCCGAUACCCCUAUGGACGACGCUCAGGAAGAAAAGAAGGAAGAAAAGAAGGAAGAUAUGGACAUUGAUUAAAUUAACCGUUACUAGAAUUAAAAAAAAAAAAAAAAGGGCCAUAUUUCAACUUCAUCUUUUAUAUAUAUAUAUUUAUAUAUAUACGCAUACAUCUUUAUAUAUAUAUUUUUUUUUCUUUUGGUUUAUAUAAAUUUUACAAAUAUAAUGUGUAUUUCAUACACAAUAUACUCUUUUUUUUUUUUAAAAAAAAAAAA